AUGGCCCGCAAUAGCCGGUCAUAUUCGCGCUCGCCUGAUUCAAGAAUAUACGGAACUGCGACAUUUUCGUCGCGGUCGCCCAGCUACGAUGGACGUUCUGCGUCCCCUGACCGGAGUACUACUGGUCGAAGCUAUACAUCCUAUACCCGUUCGAACCAUUCUGAUACCUACUACGACGACGAGGGCGAGACCACUAUCCAAGAAGGCGACUCGGCCACUGAAAUCGAGCGCGAUCUCCACUCGAGGACGAGGACGAGGAGUACUACUCGGAGACUGAGCGCACUCGUUCGCCCGCAAGAUCGUUUCGAAGCAAGGACAUACGACGAUGAAGGUGCCAGCGCCUACGACGAUGGUCGCAGUGGCAGUGCUUUUUACGAUGAUGGUCGGAGUGGUACCGGCUCCGGAGCAGGAACACGCUACGAUGAUUCCCGGAGUGCCAGCCGAUAUACCGAUGAGCGUACAGCUAGUCGGAGCGCGAGUCGAAGUGCUAGUCGGACCGCCAGCCGGUACGACGAUGGAAGGAGCGGAAGUGGGUACGAUGAUGCCCAAAGCGGCUACGACGAUGCUCAGAGCGGCUACGACGACGCCAAAGCGCCGCAUACGACGAUGCCCAAGGCAGCGAUUACCAUUCCGAAUCCCAAGUAUCAGAUGCCCAAAGUUAUCCCCCAAGCCAAAGCGUCCACUCCCAUGGCACGCGCUCCCAAGGCGCUCGCUCUCAAGUACUCCGAAGACGAUGCUACUUCUGCGUCGUCGGGUAUCAAUCCUCAAGAAAUUCUCGCCUCUCUUCAUUCAAGGACGCUCGACCCAGUUACAUUCGAGCGAAAAGUGCUUUCAACUGUCGAAGAACAAACCGAACGAACCUCGAGCUCUUUGAGCCGCAUUAGUGCAAACCGGUUUGCAAGUGGUGGACACGGAGGAGGAAGUGGUAGCGAACUCUCUGCCUCGCCCACCCGUCGCUCGGGGCACUCUCGCGCCUCAUCCGAAGCCGCAUCCCUGUUCUCUCCAUCGACUCAUGGAUCGUAUCUCUCUGGUGGCCCAUCCCACACUCCUAUCAAAUUAUUCUCCCCAACCGCCACCCUUCAAUCUUUGGGCAAAGAAAAGGAGCGCGCAGCAUCUCUCGAGCGCCCCACAACUUCUCAAUCCGACUAUCGCUCCACCGCCGGCUCGGAUCAUUCAUCUUUCCUUCGUCCCUCGGCGUCGGAACAAAAUCUCAAGCUCAAGGAAAAAGAGGAAGUCCUCGCGCGCCACCCAAGCGCCUCGAUUGGCCGACGCGCUGGCGACUUGAUCGCGUUUUUGAAUCUGGGGGUGCAAAGGCUCCAAGCGAUGUGGCGAAGAGUACAGGAAGCUGGAAGCGGAAGUUAUACCGGAAGCGGUCAGACAUGGAGGUGGCUCCUCGAUUGCCUCACCAUUCUCUCGUCCACGUGGUGUAGGCGUCGGACUCGGCUUCGACGCCCUCUUUCUCCAUCUUUCCCAUCCGCACCGGCAGUCCCUUCCGUCCUGCUUCACCCACCAAGAGCGCAGCCAGCGGAACCGGCAGCUUCGUUUCCGGCACGCAUCAAGCUGGAUCGUACCGCAGCGGAAGUGGCCCUGGCUCCCAGACCUACAGGAGCGACGGAGGUAGCGAGGCCGGUCGAAGUGGCGCUAGCGAGACUUACCGAAGCGAGACCGCGCGCAGUGCCGCCCCCAGCGAGACCUACAAAGCGAGACGCACGCAGCGGAGCUAGCGACACCUAUCGCAGCGAAACAGCGCGCAGCGGAGCGAGCGAGACUACCGCAGCGAAACGGCGCGAACUGCGGGGACACCUAUCGAGCGGUGCGCAGAGCUAUCGCAGCGAGACCUACCGAGUGGUGCUGGAAGCGACACGUACCGUAGCGGCGCGGGAAGUCAAACUUAUCGAAGCGAUGGAGGAAGCGAGACAUAUCGAAGUGGAGGCGGAAGCCAAACGUACAGGAGCGAAGGAGGAAGCCAGACCUAUCGCAGCGAUGCGGCGCGGUAGCCAAACGCAUCGCAGCGACGGAGGCAGCCAGACCUAUCGUAGCGAUGGUGGCAGCCGGACCUACCGGAGCGACGGCGGAAGCCAGACUUACCAGAGCGAGGGUGGGAGCCAAACCUAUCGCAGUGACGGCGAGAGCGAUGCUGGGCUCAGCGUUCCCCCCAGCGAAACAUAUCGAAGCGAGACGCUCGUAGCGCGGGUUCCGAAACCGCUCGAUCCCAGACUUAUCGUAGCGACGGGGGAAGCGACACCUAUCGCACCGAGACAUACCGCGCCCCAAGUGAAGCCCCGACUACUCGUAGUGGAACCGAGACAUACCGCAGUCAGAGUCGCAGCCAAAGCCGUAGCCAGAGCCGUCCUCGUUCUGCCGCCAGUGGCGCCUAUACUGCGGUGGCCAGACUUAUCGCAGCGAAGCAGCUAUCAUAGCGGGAGCGACACCAACCAAACGCACGAUACCGAAGCAUACCAGGAGAGCGAAAGCCGUUCGCAGACCCCCCGCCCGGACACAUACACCGAUACCGAGAGCGAGACAUACCGCGCCGGAAGCGGAACCGACAACGAGACGUUCCGCGCUGGAAGCGCAACCGGAAGUGGAACCUAUCGAGCUGCCAGCGCUAGCGAAUCCGAAACGUACCGCGCCGGAAGCGGGAGCGAAAGCGAAGGUGGCAUCAGUGGAUUUGCGAGCCAGUUGUAUCCUCGUGCGUCCGAUACGGGCACCAUCACCGCUCGCUCGUCGUCGUCGCAUGGUGCGAGAUCCGCAUCUACGCAGGGUCGUUCCGAGAGCGGCUUCAGCCAAGGACGCUCCGAGGGUGUAUACAGUCAAGGUCGCUCGGAAGGCGCGUACAGUCCCAGUCGUUCGCAAGGAACAUACAGUCAAGCUCGAUCUGGAGGAUCCUAUAGCCAAGGUCACUCCGAGGGUUCAUACAGCGAAGAGCCUUCGGAAGGCGCAUAUAGUCCUACUCGCUCCGAAGCUAUGCUCAGCCAAGGUCAUUCGGAAGGUGCAUACAGUCAAGGUCACUCGGAAGGCGCAUACAGUCAAGGCCAUUCGGAAGGCGCGUACAGCCAGGGUCAUUCCGAAGACGCGUACAGUCAAGGCCGUUCCGAAGGUAGACAUACUCAAGGCUCCGGCACGCACUCUCAAGCUUCGAGCACCUACCUCCGCGGGACAUCUACAUAUCAAGACUCUCAAGCCUAUACUCCCACAUAUACCCAAGAAUCUACCACCUACGUCCAAGGCACCGAGAGCUACACCGAAGGAUCUGAAGCUUAUACGCAAGACUCCCCUCGUACCCCUCGAGGUGCGCGUACUCCCAAUACUCUCAAGCAAGCUAUGAGUCCGGUUACCCCCAACACGCCAAAUCCUACCGCCGAAGACAAGUUUGCCGAUUGGCAAGAUCGAACUCCCCAGGGCGGAGAAAAGGCCAGCGGGACGCCUCAUACCACGGUUAUGCCAUUGACACCUGGUAUUGGCACACCGAAGACUAUCGCAAGCGUGAUGACCCCCAAGACACAGGGUGGACGAUACGGAAAAGCUUUGAGUGAAGCGUCGACUGCGCCGACGAGCGCCGAAGGAUUGAUGAGGCAACGUAUGAGCCGAGAAGUUAUUACUAGUGUGCCUGUCCCGAGUGAGAGCGAAGCUAUCACGCUUGGACACCAUGGUCAAGAGCCCAUGCGAAUCAGCGCCCUUUGGUAUCUCAACGUCCACGCCCCUCCACCAUUCGAAUGGCUUCGAACACAAGCAGUCCUCUAUCCAAACGUACUUAUCUUGACAUGGAUUGCACCUACUGGAGGUCGUGGAGUAGUUACCUUGGACUUGGUGAAUUGUACCGAGGUUCGCAGUGCGCCAUCGCCGUCGCAUCCAAGUGCACGGGAUGACGUGGGAAGUGUUGCUGCGAGAUUGCAGAGCGCAGAUUUGGCGGAGACUUUGUGCCCGUUCCAAUUGUUAUAUACCGAUGGUGUGGAAAGGUUGGGUACCGAUACUGCAAGAGAACGUGUUCGUUGGGUAGGAGCAAUUUGGGAUGUUUUGGCGACUAUCGCGCGUGGCCCACCGAGGGCACUUACAGAUGCAUCCGAGUCAGAGGCCGGUACUCUUCAACGUUCGUCUUCUGUCCGUUCGCAUAGCUCUGAGGGAUCUGCGACGACUAGCUUUGUUGCACCUGCCGCGGACAUUGCCGAGACUGCGAGUGUUAUAUCUUAUCUUCCUCUCGAGACUGCCGACGACAUGUCCGUCAAAAACCUCAUGCCUCCGUCUCGUACUCCUAGCUUGCGUCGCACUGCUUCCAUGGCGGAUCUCGAACUCGAAGCUGAUAUCGAUCGUGCUUUGGGCCGAACUCCAGCUCCCCCGACCGUUACCAGCGAAAGCGAUAGCAAUUUUCUCAGCCCGCCUCGUACUCGUAGCCAAAGAUACUCAGACUCGGAUGGGAGUGGAUACCGAACCCCCACGACAGACAAAGCUCGUAGUUCGCGCUACUCGCCCAGCAAUGUCACUGGGCGCGAGGAUACCACAUACGUUCCCACUGAUACGGAGCACUCUACCGUUCGUGGCGUGAGGAUUGUCGCGGACUCGAUCUCUUUCCGUGGGUCGACUUCUACACGCGGAGAUGGAUUUGAUGCACUUUCCACAGGCUACGGUUCUACUGCUCGUAGCGAGGGUGUAGUUUCCAGUGCCACCUAUUCCCGUCGCCGGACUCUUUCCGCUGUAUCUUCAUCUGGCUCUGGAUUGACUCGGUCCCAUGGACUCAGGAGGCCCAAGCGUGAUCGCGCGCAAAGUGUAUCUCCAGCUGCUUCAAGACGCCAAUCCGUUGCUGCCGAGGUAUCCGAGGCCCGCUCCGACUCGAACGGUUCGUAUGCAAGCUUCCAAACGCGCUCUCCCUCAAUGGCAUAUGAAUCGGUCAACGGCUCACAAGGACCAUCUACCUAUGGGUCAAUCGCUUACGAAGUUUGUGAGACGAGCGACAUGUCUGAGUUUACCGUCGAUCAGACCACCUCGCGCACACGCACCGUCACAUCUGGGACUGCUCGUCGCUCCUCUCCCACCAAGCUCAGCGAGGAGUUUAUUACCGCCGAGGGCUCAUCUGCUGCUUCACAAUUUGAUACCGUCCAGCCAUCCGAGUCAGGGUUCGAGACCGUUACCAUCUGUCCCCCCUCGACCGAUUACGAGGAUGCGAGAAAGUGCGCCUGCCCACCGUCGGUGGAAGAGGUUGUUUCAGAAGUCAUCGAGGACAUUAUUGAAGAGCCUACUCCAAUCCCACAACCCAUCGAAUUAUCGCCUCCUAGGACACAGCGUCUCUCGACUCUCCGAUCUCCGUCGACCGAAAUCGAGUCCUUCUCGCCCUCGACCGUAACAUUUGCCCCUCAGCCAGAUGUAUACGAGUUAUCCCCCCCUCCUUCCGAGCACACCUCCUUGACCCAUUCGCCCGAAGCGUUCUCCGCAUAUACUCCAGAGUCGGAAGAGCCCGAGAUCUUAGAGCUCUCUCCACCUCCUUCACAACAACGCUCGUCCAUGCACUCGCCGUCGAUGGUCUCUAUUGAGCCGGACUCGUCUUCCCUCGUUACGCCCACUGCUCGCUCGUCCGGGUCACGUCUACCAUCUAUUCGCCCGCUGACGGUUUCAUCGAGGUCGCGCUCGGCCAGUGUCUCACCCGUUCGCACCCUGUCUUCUCUUACCCCCUCCCCAAGCUUACCUACGCUGACCGAUCGAGUAUCCUUAUCGCGCGAGCCCACUGUCGAAGAGGUUUCCACCGAGCGAUCCCCGACUCUCACUCUUCAUACUUCACCGGCCUCUGUCGAACAGUUGACGGAACGCUCUCCGUCGCCGGCUGAACAGACUCCGACCGAGCGACCUCCGACUGAGUAUCCUCCGACUGAAUAUCCCCCGACUGAGUAUGCAACUGAAUAUCCUCCUUCCGAGCCCACUGAGCACGAGUCUCCAUUGAGGUUACCGUCCGAAUACACGUCCCUUUCUGACCAGUCGCCUUACGGCUCUCCUGAGCUUGAGCGUGCACCAUCUGUGCAUGCGCCAUCGAUCGUCUCUGAGGUCCCAGAGGAGAUUACUGAGACUCCACGUCCGACUCGAACUUACUCCCGCUCGCCCUCAUUGCCUCCUCGCGAGGAAUGGUUACCUAGCCCCUCAUCUAUCAAUCUAUCCAUUGGGCAAGCUCCGUCGCUCGUGCCUACCCUCUCAGAGUUACUCCCACCCCCACUCAGCCAUGCACCUAGCCAUACCGCUUCGACGCCAAGCAUCCGACGCAGUUCUUCUAUGAGCUCGGUCGAUACUCUCUCUACUCUCUCAGAUGUCUCGGCGCCACGCUUGUUGGGACCCAGGCAAAGGACAGCUUCUCCUUAUUUCAGCGGCACAAUCUCAUCGGUUGGUUCAAUGGCCUCCUCAAUGGUCUCGCCACCUGGCCUGAUGCCUCCUCACGCGGCCCCAGGCAGCUCUCACCGCCAGACUAGGACCAUAUCCUCCGUCCCGUCGGAUGCUAAUAGUACAUACAUGCCAGGCUUGGUCACUCAUAGCGGGCCGGGAAGCUCAUAUUAUGACAGUGCCACCCGCUCGACAGUUCAGUCUCUCCACGACACCGUGUCUAUUCCAGGUCUAGUCACUCCCAGUAGACCAGGAAGCUCAUAUUAUGACAGUGCCACUCACUCGACAAUCCACACUCUCUCCGAUACUGCGUCUAUUCCAGGUUUGGUGCCUCCCCACACUCUAGGUAGCUCUCGACGUAGCGGUACCGCUUCGACAAUUCAGUCUCUCUCCGAUACCGCGUCUAUUCCAGGUUUGAUGCCCCCUCACACUCGUCUAGGCAGCUCUCGACGUAGCGGUACCGUUUCGACAAUUGAGUCCGUCUCGGAUACUGCCUCUGUUCCAGGUUUAAUGCCCCCUAGCAUGCUUCCCGGCAGUUCAUAUCGACGAAGCGGCACUCCUUCAACAGUCCUAUCCGUGUCCGAUACCGUGUCUAUACCAGGCUUGGUAGCUCAUGCUCGCCCAGGCAGCUCUCCUCGCAGUGCUACUGCCUCGACUAUUGAGUCUUUGUCCGAUACCAUAUCAGUACCAGGCUUGGUACCUCCUACUGUCCGUCCAGACAGCUCAUAUCGUCGGAGUGGUACCGCUUCAUCGGUCGAGUCUGUCUCGGAUACUGCCACUCUCCCAGGCCUGAUGGCUCCAAGUACGCGCCCUGGUAGCUCUCAUCGUCACACCGGUACGAUCUCGUCCGUUCACUCAGUGUCCGACAUUGCGUCUCCACCGGGCUUGAUGCCUCCUAGUAUUCGUCCAACGAGUUCUCAUUACGAUACUGGUACUAUAUCUUCUGUCGAGUCCGAGUCCGAUACUGCUUCAUUACCCGGCUUGAUGGCACCCACGCUUAGGCCUCCUGGCUCACGCCAUCAUACUGCUACGAUCUCUUCGGUACUAUCAGUAUCCGACACUGCGUCCCCUCCAGCAUUAUUGGCUCCGAGCAUUCGGGAUUCUGUUAGCUCGCCGUACAUGUCUUCAGUGGGAUCAAUGACGGCCUCCAUUUUGUCACCUCCCGGAUUGAUGCACCCAAGCUUGCGUCCAAGCAGCACUCAUCGUCGCAGCGCAACAGCCUCCACUAUUGAGUCAAUGUCUGAUACUAUCACCCCGCCUCAACUUUUGGCACCAAGCAUUCGAGAAGGAAGUUCGCGCUACGAGACUGGAAGUGUGUCCUCGAUCGAGACUAUCUCAGAUACCAUCACCCCACCCCGACUAUCAGCUCCCAGUAUUCAUGACAGCAGCACGCAUUUUGAGAGCGGUACCCCGUCCACAAUUGAAUCCAUGACUGAUAUAGUGUCCCCCCCGAAUCUGAUGGCCCCGAGUAUUCGCGGUCAAACUGAAUCGCCUCGGAUGUCGUCGGUAGCUUCAACUGCAUCUUCGACUGUAUCUCCUCCAGACUUGGUAAGGCCCGGCCAGCGACCAUCGAGUACUCACUAUCGAAGCGAGUCGGUAUCUUCUAUCAUGUCUGCGACAACUGCUACUCCGCCUGGUCUUGUGCCUCCAAGUUCCCGUGAGGCGAGCACUAUUCAUGCAGGUUCAUUGCCGUCCAUCGGCUCGAUCUCUCCCAUGUCAAAUCUGCCCCCUUUGCAACACCCAAGGCUCCAAGUACCAAGCACCACGGCGCGCAGUCGAUCCCUUUCCUCUGAGGCGUCUCUAUCAGCCAGUGCUCCGUCUAUGGGACGUUCGCGCCGGAGCAGAUCAUCCGUGGCAUCUGCCAUGUCCCCAUCGGUGUCAUCAGUAUCGUUGUCUACCAUGCCUUCUAUCAUUGUCCCGCAUACAGCUCCUCCUUCACCAUCCCCCCCUGAAUCGCGUUCUUUGACGAGCGUGCAUUCAGCUUCGGAAUCCGAGCCCCUCACGCCUUCGAUCCAUAUGCCAUCUCUACGGUCAAUUCACAUUACUCCUGCUCAAUCAAUACAUAUGGCCCCAGCUCAGUCAGUUCAUAUGACUCCGGUUCAGUCCAUCGAUACCACGCCGAUUCAAUCCAUCCACAUUGCUCCAGAAUCUUCUCUUACUCGUAACACUUCGGUCCGGUCUACGAUGACCAUCGAGUCGAAUAUCUCUUACAGGAGCGCCGAUCUAGAGCCAUCACCCCCCUUUAUCCCUGUCGAUUUGCCCGAGGAAGCUGAGUAUGAGCCAACUUACUCUGGUCUGGAAGACACGUUGUCCAUUGUUUCUGGGACUACAGCGAGCCGCGGUUACGAUGUUAUUCGCCAGUACCCCAUGACGCCCUCAUUGCCUACCGCUGAGUCUAUGGAGACUGGGGCAAUCGAUAACGAGUCCUUGGAACAUAUGAGCGCCGGAGCUGAUAUUCGCCCAGCUACGCCGUCAAGAAUUGCCCCUUCUGUUGCCGAGUCGGAGCUGUCAGACGAUUCAACUAUUACUUUACCUUCGUUGCCGAAGUCUGCACCCAAAACCCCUUCCCUCUUAACGACAUAUGCGUCGAGUAUCUCCAUGUCCACUCCCGAGGGAAACAAACCAUCCAUCGAAACCAUUCCUUCGCGAGCAGAGACUAUAUAUUCGGACGGAGACCUGAACGACGGUGCUAUUCCUCCGAGCCAUAUCAUUAGCCACGAUGUCAAUCGCCUGCUCCAAUACUUGCAUGAAGUCGAUACCGUACGCGAAGGCGAGACGCGAGACAUGGCAGGCCACCUACGCCGUAUUGAGGAAGAACUUUUUGACCUAUCUGCAUUCCUACGCCAGCGUCGCCCAACCCCACCUCCCGCUUCUCAACCUGCGCCAGAGCCCGCACCCACUCUUGCCCCCACGCCUCUGGUUGUGCCUGUACCUGUAUCUAUACCUGCGCCUGCGCCUGCUGAGCCCCAGCCACAAGUCAUUCGCAUUUCUGCCCCGUCCGAGCCCACUCAAGUCAUUCGAGUAUCAGCACCGCCUGCUCUGACUGAGGUUCACGAAGAGUUACCGUCCAUCACUUCCCGUGCGCCGUCCGAGGUAGCUUCCGAAGAAUAUGUACCCAUGAGUGAUGCAAGUACCGAUGUGUCUAUCUCUUCACGGGAGGAAGAGGCCACUCCUAUCGCUGUCGCUAUUCCCACUCGUCCGAAGUCCGAAGUCUCUUCGCUAGAUUUGACCGAAUCAAUAGCCUCACUGACCGAACCGAGUCCUACAAUUGGGAGUGUAACUAUAUCCGACGAAACCUCGAUGUCCGGGUCUAUACUCUCCGAUUCUUCAAUCACUGGGUCGCCCACAGCCAGUGUUUCCGAGCUAUCCGGGGUAUCAGAAGAAACCAUGUCCCUCGUGCUUCCUUCAGCACCCAUUUCUAUCACCCUGCAGGUCCCCAGGUCUCCAUCCAUCAGUUCAGCUGCGACUCCCGAGUUGACUCCCCCAUCUUCUCAAUCAUCCCCCUCACGUGAGGCAGUCGGACUUACCCCAUCACCUUCUGUGCAGCCAGAUGUACUCCCAGACGUCAGCAUCAAGAGCUCGUCUCCAUCCCUAUCUCGAUCUCCCUCUAUUCGUUCGAUCUCAUCUCUUCCUAAGGAGACUUCGACGCGCUCAGGUAUAGCAUUAUCCAAAUCGCCAUCCAUUCGCACCAUGCCUGAGACAGAAGCAAGCACCGAGGUUGAAGAGCGCUCCGAGACCCCAGUACCAGUUCCUCCUCCGGCUAAGCGGGCACAAUCUCUGUCGCCUCCUCCUAUGCGUGCUCCCUCCCCUGGUGGAUCAGAGUCAGAUUACUUCAUUUCGUCACCUCUCUCGCAAGACACGUUCCGAUCGCUGCCUCGCGCGUUCUCGUCCUCGCCUCCUAUAUCCGAGGUGUCUGUUCUCUCGCACGGAACUGUUCGACCAGAUAGCAAGGGCUCCAUUGGGCUUGAUGAACUGCGUGGUCUUCUGAAGGACUUGCUUAAGCAACAGGACGACGUCUAUGAUCGACAAGAGAGUCAACGAGCGAUCCUUGAGGAGAUCCGAAUGCGACCACCACCUACUGUUGUCUACCAAGCUCCGGAGAUCAGUGAACUAGUAGAACACCGUACGGCUCUGACGAAAAUUGAGAAUAUUCUCGGUGAUUUGGUUGAGCGCUUUGAAGUUGUGCGAGACUCGAUUUCCAGUACCACCUUCACUCGUAGUUCAAUCCUGACGACAAGUAGUGAAACUAUCUCAGAUUCAACUCAAUCGCGGCCUGUAUCCUUCAUAAUGGGUAGCAGCAUGGAUAGUAGCAUGGGCAGUUCGGAGGAGCAACGUCGUCUACAAGAGCAGUGGGAUCGAGUUUCGCGCAAGCCCGAGGUCCAGAUACCCCCAUCUCAUCCUACCCCCAGUUUGAGUGGGGGCCUUCCUCCUUCCGAGGCAAGUGAAUCAGAGGUCAGCGUCCCGCCACCAACCACAGCGACACAGCUUCCCUUGAUUCCCGUUAUCCACCCGCGAAUCCGUCGUCGCCGUGCUCGCAGUGCUAGCCCAUCUAUUACAUUCGAAAGAAUAAUAUCGAGCGCCGAGUCUUCUACAUCCUCCUAUAGCUCCUAUUCCCGCACUCGCGAACACGUUACAGAGGCCAUUACUAUUCCUAAGUUUGGCAAGCGGAUUCCCCAGGCUCCCGAGCUCCGAGAGCCUUCGCAUACAUCGGUCGAGGAGGUUGGACAGGAGAUUGAUUUUGAGAGAGAAUUGAGGGAGAUUCGCAAGCGUAAAGAGCCCAGCGGUGAUGGCACAUACAUCCCAUCAAUGCCAAAAGCUCCAGCUCAGCCCGUUCUUCACGAUUGGCAAACCGAACGCGACGAUGACAUAACUCCCCGCCCUCCUUCACCGCCAUCUGACCUAGGUCAAGGGGCCUCGCGCCGUUCUCCUAUCUCAGAAUCUUGGUACCGUCCGCGACCGCCUCGAACUGAGGAGCAAACUACUGAGGCGGGAUGGGCUCCUGAUAUGGGCACCACUAUCGUUCCUCCGUCCCAAGUGCUCGGACAGUCACCAUCUGUUCACCCCCACCCAGAUCGCAUUGUCCCUAUUGAAGAAGUACUCGGCCGGCCCCCCACCCAGCCUCCGAGCGGACCUGAGGGCCUCCCCAAUUACGAUGAAUUGCUAGAUAUGGUCCGAGGAAAUUCGAACUCCCAAGAUGUGGUCGCGGACCAGCAACGAGAAAUCAUUCGAUACUUGGGCGGCCUGAACACCUGGCUGGAGCGAGAUGUUAUUGACCGACAAUAUGAACUCCGUGCAUUGAGCGAGCGUAUGGACCAACUGCGAGACGAACUAUUGUACCGUUUGGGACGCCCACCAACGCCGACGCAACGACCACCAUACGGUCCUCAGUUCACCACACCUCAUGUCAUUGGUCCACAGAUCGUAGGACAGGUCCCCCAUGGUGGCAUCAUCAUGCAGCCUCCUCCAGACCGAGGACCUUCCCGGGGUUCCCUUCAUCCCUCCCAGUAUGUUGUUCCAGGGGAUCUGUCCGAGAGUGGACACGGUCCAUACAUUCACCAUCUCUCAUCAAGCAGCGAGGGCACGUACUCAACCACUACCACCGAUGAUCGGUCCUUCCAGAUUCCCGGCCCCCACCCGUCCGAGGGGCAUCGCCAACCUCGGGCCCCGUGA